UUAUUUCCCCAAACAAAGCUUGCAUAUCCCUUCUUCCAGACCUUUGUGUGAAGGGUUGCAAAACCAGAAACCACAAAUUAGUACUAGUCUUCAAACUCCGCUCCCACCCUGUCUAAAUUAGGGUUUCUAAAGAGUCAGUGUUCGUCUCUUUCCCUGUAUCUCUUUUGAUUUGGUGUGAUUCAAUGCCUUAUAAUUGCUUAGCUUUAUCCAGCUCCGAAAACCCUAGACAGUGCCGAAGUGUUCCUUUUGCAGACGAUUUUGGCGUUGUGGGGGGUUACUGUUUCGAGAAGCGUUCCAAUUGUCUACCCUAAUUUGAUUAGAGCGGGAGAGCGGCGGCAUGGCACCGAGUCGCAGAAAAGGCGUCUCUAAAGCGGCGGCCGCGCGCCGCCAGUGGAAGGUUGGUGAUCUUGUUCUUGCCAAAGUCAAAGGGUUCCCUGCUUGGCCUGCCACGGUUAGUGAGCCAGAGAAGUGGGGAUAUUCAGCUGAUUGGAAGAAAGUCCUUGUUCACUUCUUUGGAACCCAACAAAUAGCAUUCUGCAAUCCUGCUGAUGUCGAAGCAUUUACGGAGGAGAAGAAGCAAUCCCUGUUGGUUAAGCAUCAGGGGAGGGGUGCAGAUUUUGUUCGUGCAGUGAAGGAGAUAAUCGACAGUUAUGAGAAGUUAAGGCAACAUAACCAAGUUGAUGGUCCCAGUAUUGGUAACAAAGAUGCUCUGAAAGAUGGUGUCAAUCUUGUGGAUUCAUCAGCUCAAACCGGGUUGAAGGACCUGGCACAAAUUGCUGAAGAAACUCAUGAUAUGCUUAUAGAAACUUUAGAUUCUACUGCAUGUGUGGAUAAGCCAGGCACAGCCAAUGAUGCUCCAGUUGCAGCAGAAGCAGAUGCUUUGCCUGAUAAAGAGACCUCAUCAGGACAAUCAGCUGAGAAAGCCACAGUUAACACAACACCUAUUAUUACUACUUACACAUCGCGGAAACGCUCUGGGGGUUUACGAUCUAGAAAAUUUGUAACACAGAAAGCGCCGACAGAAUCAGUUCAAAGGUCCUCACGGGUUGAAUCGUGUAGGUUGCAAAACCUUACUCUGCCAUGUAACGAUGCCAGUAUACCUGCUGGAGGUAUAUCAACUAAUCUAAUUGAGGAUGUUCCUUCAAAAAGAAAGAGGAGAACAAGGAAAUCACCAGAUGCCUUUGAACGUAACGAUGUGGAUUCAUCUGCUUUUCUUUCGAAUGGUAGCGUUGAAGACAAUGGUUCUGAAAUUGUUACAGUUGAGUCGGAAGCUAUGAGUUUGAAUGAUGGCAGCACAAUGGACUCUGGUUGUAAACUCGAGCAGUCUGAGUCAGUUGCUGAGUGUUUGGAGGAAGAUGUUGAGUUGAGCAAAAGGCUUGAUUUUCAAAUAAAGGCAGUCAUCGUUAAGAAAAAAAGAAAACCAAUCCGAAAACGUGUGGCUAAUGGUACAGUUGAGCCUCCUGCCAGACUGGACAUGGAGCCAGAUUUAGAGGCAGUGGUGCAUGAUCCUGGUCAGAAUUCACAAGAUGGCAAUGGGAGGCACUUCAGAGAUGAUGGAGAUGAGCACCUGCCACUAUUAAAACGAGCAAGAGUUCGAAUGGGUAAACCUUCAAAUGAGGAUGGGGAAUCCAUUAGUGUUUCGUGGACUGAAAAAUCCUUGACCGAAGUUACAGUCAGUUCACCUGUGGAAGUUGCCCCUUCAUUAAAAUGCAAUGAUGAUAGUAUUGUCGAUAGAGAUUCAUCUGCAGUGAAGGGACCCUCAGAUAAUGAAUCACCUUCAAGGGAUUCAACUGAAAUUCCUGGGGAUGGGCCACAGCUUGAGAAAGUUGAGCAAAACCAAUCGUUCUACUGCUCAGCAGAAGGUGAAGCUACUUUACCUCCCUCAAAACGCCUUCAUCGUGCUAUGGAGGCUAUGUCAGCCAAUGCUGCUGCUGAAAAAGACAUAGCGUGUGUCAGUAAGUCAUCAGUGAUGAAAGCUUCAAUUAAUGGCUGUUGUGUUCCUUCAUUGAGGAGGAGUUCUCCUUUGGUAAUAGAAGCUAAAGAAGGGAAUAAUUUGGAGCAGCAGAGCAUGGAUUCUUCUAGAAAAAGUGCUGGAUUUUGUAGGAGUUUGAACACUUUGGAGGAUUCAUCCAAAGGUUUAGUUGAAACAGACACUUGCAGUCAACACAUUGAUAGCUAUGAUGUUGGAAAGCCCAAAUUAUGCAAAGACUGUCCAGAGGCUAUGCGUUCUAUUGACAGCAAAGCACUUAGUAGCUUAACGUUCAACACUCACAAUGUUCAGAUUGGAAUCGAAACCCAAAGUGCAGAACAUGCGUCACCGAAUCUUGACAGAAGGCAAGAUAGUCCAAGAUUGAACCUUGAUUCAUGGGAUCAGUUAUUGACUUGGGAGCAUGAAAGUGAUUCUCAAAAUACUGACUUUAUUGAGUUUCAAGCUGUAAAUCAUGCUAAAAAACAUGAUGUUUUGGAAAAUUCUAUAACUAGUGUAGAUGUUGACUCAAGGACUGAUGGGGCUACUAAAGUUUCACCUCAAAAUGGUGAGGAAGUUCUCCAUGUGUGUGCAGAGGGUACUUUUUGCUCAAACACCAUGCCUUCAAGGUCUCAAAUUGAUGAAAACAGCCUGGUUAAUGGCAUGUAUCUGGUUGUGAAAGAUGAUGAUCAUCUUGAGAGACGGAAGGAUACAAAUUCUGUUUGCAUUUCUAAUAAUAUUGAGGCUGGGAAGGAUGUGUCAUGUGUCAGGUUGAGUCCAUCUUCUGCUGAUGGAGUUGAUUCUCCUGCACAGAUGUCUCCCCUCAAUACCUCUAUCUGUCACAUGUCUACUUCAGAAAGUGCCAAUUUUGUUCUGAACAAUGGCUGUUGUAGUCCAAAUGCUCAUUUGCAAGACAAGAAAGAAAUUUGUGCUUUAGUUACUGAUGAAGAAGAAAAAAGUGAAUCUGCAAUAUCUCACAGACCAAAGUCAGCUGGAAGGUCUAGCAGUACUGCGGAAGCACAUGCUGCUUUAUUAUCUUUUGAGGCAAUGCUUGGAACACUGACUAGGACAAAGGAGAGCAUUGGUCAAGCAACUCGUAUAGCUAUUGACUGUGCAAAGUUGGGUGUCUCUGCCAAGGUUGUGGAAAUUUUGGCUCGUUAUUUAGAAGUUGAGUCAAGCCUGCACAGAAGGGUGGAUUUAUUCUUCCUUGUUGAUUCUAUUAUGCAGUUCUCACGUGGUUUAAAAGGUGAUUUUGGUGGUAUUUAUCCUUCAGCUAUUCAAGAAGUGCUACCCCGUCUGCUGUUAGCUACUGCUCCUCCGGGAAGUAUUGCACAGGAAAAUAGGAGACAAUGUUUAAAGGUUUUGAGGCUUUGGCUGGAAAGAAAGAUCCUUCCAGAGUCUUUUAUUCGCGAACAUAUGCGAGAUCUUGAUUCAUGGAGUGGUCCUUCUGCUGGUCUCUAUUCUCGCCGCUCAGCAAGGACAGAAAGGGCUCUAGAUGAUCCUGUUAGAGACAUGGAGGGUAUGCUGGUUGACGAAUAUGGAAGCAAUUCAAGUUUUCUGCUUCUUGGAUUUUGUAUGCCUCCCAUGCUUAAGGAUGAAGAUGAGGAACAUGACUCUGAUGGAGGGACCUUUGAGGCUGUUACUCCUGAACAUAAUUCUGAAGAAAUGGAAGCAAUUCCUGCUACAGAAAAGGGUAGACAUAUCUUGGAAGAGGUGGAUGGCGAGCUUGAAAUGGAGGAUGUUGCUCCCGCUUGUGAUGUUGAGAUGAGUUCCACCAAUGGUGCUCCUGCAGUGAUUGCUGCGCAGGCUACACAAGAUCGAUUUGUGCAGCAUUUUCCAUUGCCUUAUGCUCCCCCUCUGCCUCAGGAUGUCCCGCCAUCAUCACCGCCGUUGCCAUCAUCUCCCCCUCCUCCCCCUCCCCCUCCACCUCCUUCUGUACCUCCAGCUCCUAUUCUCGUCCCCCUUCCUCGUACUUGCUCCAGGCCUCCCUAUGCUAAUGCUGUUGAUUCGAAGCACUACUAUAAUAUGUGGGAUGACUUGCCACAGCAAUCAGCUCACCAAUCGGUACCUUUAAGACUGAACUCAAGCAUUCCCAGUUCCAUGCAUUACCAUGCUCCUAAAAGUAGAGAUCACAAAAUGCCAACUCAGGGUUUGGAUUCUACCAGCUUUCCUGUACGUUCAGCAAAUAACCUUCAGAGUGAUAGUCCUAGCCUUCAUCAUAAGGCAUACCCUCCACGACCACCUCAUCCUGCACCAUCAAAUCAGUUCUCGUACUUUGAGACAGGCCAGCAUAUGAAGUCUCGGAGAGAUUAUCCACCACCUUCCUAUCCCCAUAGAUCACAUUCUACAUGGAAUUUUGAUGAGGGAAACUUUUACAACAAUGGUGGAAACUUUUACAACGAACACGAGAGAAUAAAUCCUGCCCCAUAUGAGAUCAGUGAAAGUCGGACGUUUCCAGCGCACCGUUAUUCUGGACCAAGAUACCCUGACAAAGUCAAAUCAUCUUAUGGACCUGGUUCACAUGGACCCCCUCGUGAGCAAACAAGAUCAAUGAACCAAGAGUGGCAUUUUCCUCAUCGGGCGAUGCAUCACAGGAACUCCGUGCCUUUUAGACCACCUCCUGAUGCUGGCUUUCCAGGUAACGAAAAAUUAAAGAAAAAAAGGGAAUCAGGCAUGGGGGCAUCUGAAUCGGUCCCGGAGAAAUCAAUCCAUGAAUUCACUGUCAAGGACAGCAAAGGAGAGGAUGUGGACCUUAGCAUCUACAAAGGAAAGGUCCUUCUCGUUGUUAACGUCGCCUCCAAAUGUGGGUUUACGGAUUCAAAUUACACUCAGUUGACUGCGCUCUAUGAGAAAUACAAGGACAAAGAUUUUGAAAUCUUGGCAUUCCCUUGCAACCAAUUUCUAAAGCAAGAGCCUGGGACAAGCGAGGAUGCCCAAGAAUUUGCGUGUACAAGGUACAAGGCUGAAUAUCCAAUUUUCCAAAAGGUGCGUGUGAAUGGACCAACUGCAGCUCCCAUCUACAAGUUUCUCAAGGCAGGAAAAGGUGGAUUCUUUGGGUCCAGGAUAAAGUGGAAUUUCACCAAGUUUUUAGUAGAUAAGGAAGGAAAUGUCCUUAAUCGCUAUGGCUCCACCACUGCUCCGUUGUCCAUUGAGGCUGACAUCAAGAAAGCAUUGAGUGAAGUGUGAGUUAUAUACACAGUGAAGGCGAUCAUAGCGUGUAUAUAGAGAGGGCUAAUUCUUCUGUUUUAUUGAGUUAAAUGUAAUAUUUCUGUGUCUUGUACAUCUUAUUCCAAUCAAUGAAUUCCAUGUUUUGAUGUGCAAUUAUUGUUUGCUUAUUUGGUAUUUUGUUCAGGUGGUCUGUAAAUCUACUCGGUGAGAAUAUUGGUGUUUAUCCUCUGUUCAUAUGUUGAAUGCUCAUGUGGGAGUCUUGUGGUUCAA